AAGCUAGAUCGUAAGAUAUCAGAUGCUAUCUCCACAAUUACAUUUGACGGGGAUAAAGACCGCGAAAUGGAAAAAAUCCGUAACUUUGACUGCAAAUGUUAUGGAAGAAGAAAGGAAAACUCUCUCCUUGGUACACGUUCGUGUAGUCACAAACUUUCUCCAGAGGUUAUGUACAACAUACGCUUGGAUUCUCUGGCUGCCGAAAGAGAGUGGCAGGACAUGCGAAUAAUUGGGCAUCUCGAAGCAAGCAGACGUACUUCAGAGAUAACAACAUCAACCAAAAAGCUCCCGAAAAAAAGAAAGUGUGCCCGGACAACUUAUUGCAUUGGAGGCACUGAUGUCUGCAGGAACACCUUUCUGUUUCUUAUGGGAAUUUGCAAAAGCACCCUCACUGAUAUAAUCAAACACUCUGAGGAGAAUGGGGCAAGACCACGGUUAAGAAAGAAGAACUCAAAGCCACAGUCACCAGUCAGGUUCAUCAACUCUGAAGAUAUCAACAGAGUUGUGAAAUUUAUAAAAAACUAUGCAGAAGACCAUUCCAUCAUGCUGCCUGGCCGACAUCCUGGGCCAACCCAUGUGUCCAAGGUCUCAGUUUGGCGUCUCUACACAAAGUCUGCCAAGGAGCUUGGUGAGCGUGCAGUUUGUAGAACAAGCUUUAUAGCACUGUGGAACGAACUUCUCCCACACAUCAGAAGUUGCAGGCCACACACAGAUCUUUGCUGGCAGUGCCAAAGUAAUAACGACCUGCUGAUACGAAGUGCAAACCUCCCAGAUGAUAGAAAGUCUGCAGCGGUCAAGAAGCAACACGAUCAUCUUGCCCUUGUGCAGAAAGAGAGGGCUUUGUACAACGAGCUGACUGCUGCCUGCAAAAAGACAUGUGCUGACACUGUGCUGACCCUCCCCACCAGCAAGUAAAAACAUCAGGAUUCAUUACAGCUUUGAUUUGGCACAGCAGGUACUAUUUAACACACAUUUACUUCACUAGAGAGCUUACUUUACUUGGUCUAGAGAGAGCGCUGUAAUUUCAAAUCUUGUAUA